CGUGUCAUCUCAGUACAACAGUUUUCCGUUAAACCUCUACGUUUUUUAACCUACCCAUCUUCAUUACCCUUUAAGCCCUUUCAUUUUCACAUUAAUUACAAACUUAACACGCUUCUCUCUACACAUUUCACAACAACGCUCUCACAACGUUAUUAUUCACUCUCACUUCUUCCUCUCUCUGCAACAAUGGCUCCAACACUCUCACCCCUCAUUCUUCUUCUUCUUCUUCUGCUUUCCCAUUUUGUCCUCAUUGUUCAAUCUUCUGUAAACCCAGAUUACGAACCUCUUCUGACCUUCAAAACCGGUUCAGACCCAUCCAACAAGCUCACAACAUGGAAAACCAACACCGACCCAUGCACUUGGACCGGCGUUUCAUGUGUCAAAAACCGAGUCACUCGACUCAUUCUCGAAAAUCUCAACCUCCAAGGCGGCACCAUCGAACCCUUAACCUCACUAACUCAGCUCCGAGUUUUGAGUCUCAAAGGAAACCGCUUUUCCGGUUCACUUCCAAACCUCUCCAACUUCACUUCCCUCAAGCUUCUCUUCUUAUCUCACAACCAUUUCUCCGGCGACUUUCCGUCAACGGUCACGUCACUUUUCCGUCUCUACCGUCUUGAUCUAUCCUACAACAAUUUUUCCGGCGAGAUUCCGACGAUGGUGAACCGUUUGACCCAUCUUCUCACACUCCGUCUCGACGAGAAUAAAUUCUCCGGCGUCAUUCCUGAACUUAACCUUCCUGGUUUACAAGACUUCAACGUCUCCGGUAACCGUUUCUCCGGUGAGAUACCGAAAACGUUGUCUGGUUUCUCCGGUUCGUCUUUCGGGCAAAACCCAUUUCUAUGUGGAGCUCCGUUGGAGAAAUGUGGAGAUGAACCGAAUAAACCUGGAUCCGAUGGUGCAAUUGCUUCACCAUUGGUACCAGCAACUGUUGUGUCAUCAUCACCAAGCACAAUGCCAACAAGAAACACAAAAACCCAUGAAAAACGAGGUUCGAAAAUGAGUCCUAUUGUUUUAGUAGCAAUUAUAGUAGGUGAUGUUCUUGUUCUUGGAAUAGUGUGUUUACUUCUAUAUUGCUAUUUUUGGAAAAACUAUUGUUCAAAAUCAAAGGAGAAAAAAGGUUUGAAGCUAUUUGAGAGUGAAAAGAUAGUGUAUUCAUCAAGUCCAUACCCUACACAAGGAGGAGGAGGAGGAGGGUUUGAGAGGGGUAGAAUGGUAUUUUUUGAAGGUGAGAAAAGGUUUGAACUUGAGGAUUUGUUACGUGCUUCAGCUGAAAUGUUAGGGAAAGGUGGAUUUGGAACUGCUUAUAAAGCUGUUCUUGAUGAUGGAAAUGUUGUUGCUGUGAAGAGAUUGAAAGAUGCACAGAUUGCAGGGAAGAGGGAAUUUGAACAGCAUAUGGAAAUUCUUGGAAGGAUUAGGCACCCUAAUGUUGUUAGUUUAAGGGCUUAUUAUUUUGCUAGAGAUGAGAAGCUUUUGGUUUAUGAUUACAUGCCUAAUGCUACUUUGUUCUGGCUCCUUCAUGGAAACAGGGGACCUGGAAGAACCCCACUGGAUUGGACCACAAGGCUCAAGAUAGCUGCUGGAGCUGCACAAGGCGUAGCAUUCAUUCAUAACUCAUGCAAGUCCCUUAAACUCACUCACGGUAAUAUCAAAUCCACCAACAUACUACUUGACAAGCAAGGAGAUGCACGUGUAUCGGAUUUUGGGCUUUCAGUUUUCAACGGUUCAAGCCCAUCAGGAGCUGGUAGCAGAUCAAAUGGCUACCGUGCUCCUGAGGUAUUGGACGGUCGAAAACAAUCCCAAAAAUCUGAUGUCUACUCUUUUGGUGUUCUGUUGCUAGAGAUGCUUACAGGGAAGUGUCCCUCUGCUGUGGAAAGUGGCGGAAGUGGUUAUAAUGGUGGGGUGAUUGAUCUUCCUAGGUGGGUGCAAUCAGUUGUUAGAGAGGAAUGGACUGCUGAGGUUUUUGAUUUGGAAUUGAUGAGGUAUAAGGAUAUUGAAGAGGAAAUGGUGGGGUUGCUUCAGAUUGCUAUGUCUUGUACUGCUGCUUCACCUGAUCAACGGCCAAGAAUGUCCCAUGUUGUUAAGAUGAUCGAGGAAUUGCGUGGCGUCGAGGUGUCACCCUGUCAUGACACGAUGGAUUCUGUCUCUGACUCACCUUCUUUGUCUGAAGAUGCUUGUGCCGGUGCUACUAGUCAAUAGACUUUGGGAGGGGUUUUAGCUUUGUUUAGAGAGAAUAGAUUCUGGAUAUGGUGGUGAUAUUGUAAAUCACAUUAUUGGGGGUUUUAUUUCUCAAUUUUUGGUCCUUUUUUUCUUUUCACGAAUUUGUUUGAUGAUCUUUGUCCCAUUUUUACCUAUAAUAUGCCUAGUUAAAUUUUCAUUCAA